AUGGAACAAGCAUUUGGUAUUUUAAUUUGGAACCAAAUUGGUAUUUUAGAUACGCUAAAAUAAUUUCAUUGGAUAAAAGACAGAACUCUACGGUUCACCAUUCAAAGAAAUUAAAUCUUCCGCGUAAUGUUAUUCUAACACUUACGCACUGUCUAGUUUUCUAAUCUACGAGUAUCAAUCCUUUUUGCUCGCUUCAAGCAAACUACGCAGACACUGCUAAUGACGAUUAUCCUAAAUCAUCUUCUCGUCUUUCUCUCUCUAAAAAGGCUCUCUAUAAACCUUAAUAUCCGACCAUCCAAUUAUUCACACGUCGCGUAUUAACAGAAAAUCUUGCAAUUCUUAAAUGAUCGCACUCUCAUUCUUACUAUCUACCACAACAUAAAAAAUUGUCUAUAUUCCAACCUCGACUCAAUUUCCAGACGACGCAGAGGCAGGAUGGAAAUUCUGGAAGAAGAAGGACAAAGACACAACUACAACCACGACAAUCGCUCCAACAGUCGCUGGAACAAAUCCUGAGCCAACGAAAUCGAACGAUCCGCCAGGUGUUACACCUGUGACGAACAAAUCACCAGGAAGUCCAAAGAACGUCGAAUCAACGGUCCUCGGAGCAGGGGAUCUUGGACUAGCGAUCGGUGUCGCUUCGACCGGAGGAAAGGUAAAAGAGAAUGCUCGGCCGAGCAGGCCGAAUCCAGGAACGGAAGUGGGUCUCGAUUUCCCGGUAUCGAAACCAGGAAAACCAGGCGUCGGCGGUCAACAAGGUCAAGGGUAUAGAGAAUGGGCCGUGGAUCUAACUGGAGCUGGAGAACCUGGAAGACAACCACCAAGAUUGCCCAGUACAGGGCCGGCAUUAAAUCCUGCAGGUGCCAAACCAGCGGCGAGUCCUGGAAAUGCACCUCAAUCUCAACCACAACCACAGCCACAGCCUCAGCCUCAACCUCGACCUCAAUCUCAGCCACAACCUCAGCCUCAACCUCGUCCACAAACACCAGGAUCACCUACACCAAGCUCUAAGCCAGCUGCUGCACCAGGACAACCUCAACCUGCGGCUGGAGGCAAUCAAGUGUCCUCAUUGUUUGUAACACUGAAACCUGGUCCAACAACACCAACACCAUCUAAACCAGCAAGCCUUCCUGGUUCUCCUAGCGCACCAGGAAGUCCUGGAUCUCCUGGUUCGCCAGGAAGAACCUGGGCAGACGUGGCUGGAGGUGGCAGCAGACCUAACUCGCCUACACCUUCUCCAAGACCUGGCUAUCCAAAUCAACCUGGUUAUCCAAGCCAACCAGGUCAAGCUCAACCAAGGCCAUCGACACCGACUCAACCUGGAAGAACAGGAGCAAUAGCAGGAGGUGCACUGGCUGGUGGUGCGCUGGCAGGAGCAGCUGUGGCAGGAGCAGCCGCAGCAGAUAAGAAAACCUACUCUAGUAACCCUACUUACAGCAAAGGGAAUUCCAUCACCGACGAAGACUUGGAGAAACUUUCCGAGGCUCUCUACAUUAAGGACAACAAUAACGCAAAUAGAUAUAUCACGUUGAAUCUGCAGAAGAAGACAACCAGCAGUGGCACAACAGACGACGCGACACAGCCAUUGUUCACGGUGAACGCAGAGGCAUACCAGGGCCCCACAAUUCAAAGGGUGAUAUCGAUCUACGAUAAUUACAAGCCGGAAACCAAUGUAAAUGAGCACAUAAGCCCGUUGCAGAGGCAAGAGGAGAGCCUUCUCGUGGACACGUUCCUCAGCACGAACGUCAUGUCCGCCGCCAUGAGAUUUCUAGCGGACAAAGGGAAGAUCCGCAAGGAUUAUUACGAAUACAAGGAGACGUUGAGGAAAAUAUGGUUCAACCUGUUCUCAAGAGGGCAAGGGAAAAUUGGUAGCUCGGGCUUCGAGCAUGUUUUCAUGGCGGAACUUAAGAGUGUACCAACUGGUACCGAAGUGGUCGGCUUGCACAAUUGGAUCUACUACAGCAAAGAGGAAACCAACGGGAAAGCAAAUUACGCCGGCUAUUUGAACAAAGUCGACCUCGGAGAUGCAUCAUCGAACGCGCCAGAAGAACCCUUGGAUUUGAAUAUUACAAGACUGAAGACUGUUGGUUUACUGCGGAGAAUGAGUCAUCAUAGUAGUAGAGCUUUAAAAUAA